UUUGGCUAAGUUUUGGUUUUGUUUUGUUUUAGUUCUCUUUAGUAUUCUGUACCGUAACGAUGAGCGAUUACGAAAGCGAUAGCUUACGGCUCGGUGUGACGCGCGGCAUGCAUGGCGGACACUCGCAGUCGGUCGCAGACGUCGCUGCAACCACACGUGUGCUUAAUGCCUUAGCGAGCCAAUUAUAAUCAACACCGCGCGCGUAUAAGUUUUCGCGUCUUAUUAAUGACUCAAUCCUAUUGUUCUCAAAGUUUCGUAAACAAUCAUUGUGACAAGUGCUUCUAUAGACACUAUUGAUUUAUAUCAAACAACAGCAGUUUAGGUGACGCUUACUAAAAUAAAGAAUGUUGGUCAAGGAGUGCUUAAUAAAGUGGAAAAUAUCGUCGAUAAGAUAAAGCUAUACCGUGACAAUAAAUGUUAUCGCGAUUGGUUAUAGAGUGCAGUUCGAGAAGAGCUCAGUGCAAAAAUUGCGUCCUUCCUUUCUAUUCAAGCGCUAGAGACGAUGCUGCAAUCUAGUCGCCUGCGCACACAGAACAUUUGUUGACGCGUGCUGCGCAAGGGGGAAUUCGAAAACAGUGCGCGACUACGUUUGUUUGUUUUCUACGAAUAAGUGCAACAAUAGCUGGCGGAUACCCAGUGACGAUCAUCAUGGGGCAGCGAUCUGAAGUGGCCACGCCUGAUAAUAGCGACGAGGAGAGCGGGGACGCCUUCACCGACGCUGACUUCGGCGAUUCUGAUGAUGACACUAUUGUGGAAAGACACGAUGCAGACAAAACAUCACACCUACCUAUCAAUGAAACUGUCAACAAAGAAAUUCAGAAAACCGCAUCUACUAACGGACAUAGUAAUGGUGAUGUGGUGGAGGAACAGCCUAGACUGAAUGGCCGCAAGAUUAGUGGGAGUCAGUCGAGUGAUGCCGAAAACCAAAGCUUAGUUUUAACAGAUUUGCGCAGAGAUUCUCAUGGCGAUCAGAAUCCUUCCAUAGUUGGCAUUCUCGGCGAUCAGCAGAACCAUGCUGAGCAGCGACUAGCGGCGCGGCGCGCGGCCCGUGCCGAAGCCCGGGAGAUCCGCAUGCGGGAGCUGGAGCGCCAGCAGCGGGAACAGGAGGACCAUGCCGACAAGGCAUACGACAUGUAUGCGGGGAAAACACCAGACCCUGUGGGUCGUCGCGGCGGCACGCGGCUGGCGGCGCUCAGUCCGGCCGGCGUGCUGUCACCGCGCCGCAGCUCUGAGGACUCCGCUGACGACACCUUCAGCAUCAAAGACCUCAGGCAUGAUUUAAAAGAGGUUGAGGAGAAGUUCCGGAAGGCGAUGAUAUUGAAUGCUCAGCUGGACAACGAUAAGGCGGCGCUCGGGUACCAGCUGGAACUGCUCAAGGAUAGGAUAGAGGAGCUACAUGAGGAGUAUGCGCAACUACAGCGCGAACACAAAGAGAAGUGCUCAUCAUUCGAGCGUCUAAAGCGCGAGCACGAGUCUGUGUCGCGCGAGCUGCAGGCGGCGCGCGGGGCCGUGCGCGCGCGGGACGCGGCCGCCGCCGCCGCGGGGUUCGCCUUCGUGGACGCGCCCGCCGACCUGCCCGCCAGCCCCGCCGCGCCCCCCGCCCCCGCCGCGCCCCCCGCGCCCGCAGAGCCCACGCUGGCGCUCGUCAGCCACGGCGCCGAGCAGCUGCUCAAUGACGCCGGGGAGGGCACGCUCGAUGUACGGUUGCAAAAGUUGUUGAGCUCGAAACAGUCUUUAGAGUCGGAAGUACGUAAACUGAAGCUGCAGCUGAACGAGGAGCGCGCGGCGCGGCAGAACGGAGUCUCCAACCAUCACGAACAUGAGUACGAGAACGAAUUGGAAGCAGCGCGUAAGGCGGUGUCGGAGGCGAAGGCGCGGGCGGCGCGCGGAGAGGCGGAGGCGGCGCUGCAGGCCGCGCUCGUGGCGCGGCUGGAGGCGCAGCUGGCCCGGCUGCGCGCGCGCCAGGACCACCAGGACGAGCACGAGGAGCAGCUCAAGCACGAGCGGCGCCGGCUGCAGAGAGAGGCUCGGGAAGCGCUCAACCGGGUGGAAGAGUUGGAAACGGAGAACAGCCACCUCACCAAGCGACUAGACAAGCUUAAGAACGCCAAGUCAGCACUCCUGAAGGACCUGUGACAGUACUAACACGCCGCGGGACACGCACAGCUGAGCCACGCCCGUGUACUACGAGGUAACCGUCAUCUAUGCUACGUCAAUAUUAGCAUAAGAGCAUUAAGAGUUUGUACACGAACAUAUUCUGUAAAUUAAAAACAAGCUUGAUUUACAAAAUGUGUCGUUAAGAUAACGGAGAAUCCGUAAGUUUUGUAACUGACUUGUAUCUAAUAUUGAAGUAUUCACUAAAUAAUAACAUUCAUAUUCCCGGCAUAAUAAUUUCAUUUUUAUUUUAUUGUUAUAACUUCAUAUGAUAUCGUUUCAAACUUGUAUUAUGUUGAUCAUAAAUUUAUUGAUAUUUUAAUUAUUGACUUCUAAAAGAUUAUAAUGUGUGAUUGAGAGUAGCAUGAAUCCAAACUGUCAAAGUUGAAAUUGCAGUAAGGACUUGCUACGAAAUAUGUAUUGCAUAAUUAUAUCAACUGGGCCUAAGUAUAGCCUAUUGUCGAGUGUACGUCGAACGACUGAUUUUAUAUGAGAAAUGUAGUUCACAAAGUUUUAUAAUAAAUAAGUAAUGAUAUCACUGUAUUACUUUAUUUUGUAUAUGUAGGAGUAGUGACCGCACCCGUGCGCGCCUAAGCAAAGAUAUACAAUAACGAGUGCCAUGUUAUAUCUAAAACUUUGUGAACUCCAACUUUAUAAUAUAGCAAUGCUGGCAUUUUCGAUUUAUAUGGAACCAUGAGUCAUUUAGACGAAGUCAGCGAGCUUCGUCCACUGUAAGAUAUUGAUGUGGAGUUGGUUCAGACAAGCGGAUGGCGGGAAAGCUUCGUAAUUGAAUAAGUCUUUAUACAUUUUGAAUAGCUAGAAAAUAUGUAGGAAAAUGAGUCUGACCAAACGCCAACGCUUGCCUGUCUGAACCAACUUAGGGAUAUAAACAUUUGUAUAAAUAAAUAAACCAUGCUUAUAAAUAUAAUGACACGUCAUUGUACUGUAAUGCAAAUAAUAUGGUUGUAUUAUGUAUGACCAGUAUGUAACUCUUGUAAAUCGCUUUUUAACUGAAUAUUCCCUGUAAAGUAUGAGAAUAAUGUGUAAAAUUAAUGUUUUGUUUAAUAUUAAUAAAUAAUUAUUUAUUUUAACUACGUUCGUAUUUUUCUGUAUAGUUAUUAUGUAAGUUUUAUUUAGCUUGCCGAUUUCAUUUAGCUUUCUUACUAAUCUUAUUUGGAGUGAUUGAUUUGUUACUUGCCAUUGGUAUCACAAAUUCAAAUAUUUAUUAUUGAGCGCACUCCUCACACUUCGCCGCCUGUAGGGUGAAUCUUAAUUAUGUUAAUGAAUUAUUGCUUUUAUCUUUAAUACAAUUGCUCAAAAUUAUAUCCCAUGAACAAUGUGAUAGUCUGUUGAGAACAUUAACGUCCAAUAGGAUUAGCGACUCGAAGACGCAGUUUUCGUGGGACUGAUCAUUGUAUUUUUAUAUUUGGAGAUUGUUUUAUUCAUGACUCUACAAAGUUACCAUGCUGUUUAACUGAUAUCAUUGUAAAUUAUUUUUAUCUUGUUAUUGUGACAUUCUUUUAUAACUUUAUUGUGACCAUUUCGAUUAGAUCUCGAACUAGUUGAGUUUUAAAGAGAGGGAAACUGAAUAAAACAUAGUAUACUAUCUUAUAUAAUGUACAGGAGAUUUUCGAACCUUAGCUUAUACAUGGUGGCUACUUAGUAACAGCAGAGUAUAAAGUGUCCGCCCUGAGUAGUCACCGUGCAUACAUAUAGUUGUAAUUGUUGUUAGUGAUGCUCACUUUUAACGUACAGUGCCAUGGCGCACCAAAAUGUAUUAGUAAUACAAUAAAUCUAUGUGUAUUGUAGUUACGUGUAGUAAUGAAUUGGAAAUGCGGGUAGCGGUAGGGACGCGCGCUUGUCAGAUGUUUAUAUGUACAACGUAUGGGUGUAAUAUGUAUGUAUAUCUGUAGAUUUUUUAUUAAAAUGUUACUUACAUAAGGCGCCUUUGAUUACAACAUAUUAGCCAGUUUUAUUUGGAUAUUACAAACAGGAUUUUGUUAAAAACAAUAACUGAAGAAAGUGAGAUAUACGUUAUCUUACAAUUUUAAAUAUUUUAACUUGUACUUACUGUUAAUUUUCAUUAUAAAACCACAUAAAAACAUUAUUUCGAAUUCGAAAAAUUUCUGCAAAUUGGUAUCAUUAUAUAGGCUGACUGUUACCAGAUAGUAUCUUGCACCACCGACUCAAACCUCUGGCGACAGUCAGCCGACAAUUUGUGUUGAGGCAUCACAGAAUCCUGUGUGCGUCUAAUGUUCAGGUUUAUUUUGCGUCUAGUCGAUGCACCUUGUACCUAUAUGUAGACAAUGUUUGAGAUAUUUAUAAUGGUUUCUAACUUUGCCUUGAAUUAAUCAUGGGUUUCGUGAAGCUAAUAGUAUGUUUUUAGUACUUUUUUGUAUAAUUUUGUACGACUCAUCACCAUAUUGUAGUUUAUCAUUGUACUGAAGGAAUAUAGAGAUAACAGUAGAAUAAAAAUAUGCGAUUGAGUAUGACUUUGCGAGCUAAUCAAAGAUUAAGAAAUUACCUUUAAAACUAUGAUUCAUCCAGAAAUUGAAAGAGAUGUGAAAAACAGAGUACUAUUUCACAAUGGAAUUUUCUGGAACCAUGAUGACCAUGCAUUUAUAUAAGUCGUGUUCUUGUCUACAUAGAGGUGUGAGUGGAUGUCUGACGGGCGGAGCCGCACGUCGGCCCGCGAGGACUUUCUCACUAUAUCAAUGUAAUGAACGUGAUGAUUAAGUAAGAUGUAUGUAUUUUGGUGCUGCAUUACUAAUUUAUUUUGUUUUCAAUUUAACUAUGAAUGACCAACUGUCUUUUUAUAUGAAGCGAAAACAGACUUAAUAUUGUAUAAAUUUGAAUAUUUUGAAUAAAUUUCGCUCUGAAA